AUCGUUCAAUCAUCUUUGCACUUACUUCUCUUUACAAGGAAUACUUUCUGCUUUAACUUCCUUAUAACAUGGCUUCCAAAACUAGAGCCUUAGUUACCCUUUUCCUCUCGUUGAAUCUUCUUUUCUUUGCCAUAGUCAGUGGAACUGAUUGUGGCUCGUGUCGAUAUCCUCCCAGGCCCGGUAAUGGUGGUGGUUCUGGAAAUGGAGGCGGUUCGGGAAAUGGUGGCGGUUCAGGAAAUGGUGGUGGUGGUGCUGGAAAUGGUGGCGGUUCAGGAAAUGGUGGCGGUUCAGGAAAUGGUGGUGGUGGUGCUGGAAAUGGUGGCGGUUCAGGAAAUGGUGGUGGUGGUGCUGGAAAUGGCGGUGGUUCGGGCAAUGGCGGCGGUUCGGGCAAUGGUGGCGGCUCUGGUAAUGGGGGCGGUUCGGGCAAUGGUGGCGGUUCAGGCAAUGGUGGCGGUUCGGGCAACGGUGGUGGAACAGGAAAUGGCGGUGGUGGAGGCAAUGGACAAGGAAGGUGCCCAAGAGAUGCUCUGAAACUUGGGGUAUGUGCAAAUGUACUUAAUUUGGUGAAUGUAGUGGUUGGGUCCCCUCCAACUUUGCCCUGCUGCAGUUUACUCCAGGGGCUGGCGAGCCUAGAGGUGGCGGCUUGCUUGUGCACUGCCAUAAGAGCAAAUAUUUUGGGGAUAAAUCUGAAUGUGCCGGUCACUCUUAGCCUUAUUCUCAACAACUGCGGAAUGAAUAAUUCUGGUUUCACUUGCUAAGCCGAUGUACCCGAUUAAUUAAUCCUCAUUCUGCUUUUUCUUAUUAUAAUGUCUGUCUUUUGUGUUUGCAUGGGUUUGCUUUAAUUAUGAUCACUUGUUUGUCGUAUUGUGCUCAUCAUGUUGAUGUAAAUAAGCGAACUUGCAAAAUGAAACAGCAAGUUCGUGUAGCAGUUGAUUUUACAUUUGCACUUGGAAGUUUAUUACUCCUAUAUAUAUGGAUUACCUAAUCUGUUUCGUAA